GGUGACGUGAUGCACUGUGCAUUCUAUGAUUAGUGUGAAAAGUGCAUUUGUUACUUGUGUUGACCACGACAUCAGCAUCUCCCAUCUUACCUGCCUCGUGUUAUUUGUCCAAAAGACACAUUCGUCAUUGAACCUCUUACAGAUCCCCCCUUGUUCAUGAAUAUGUCCAAUUUGUGGCCUUGUCAAAACAGUUUCUAAUGAUAGAUUGACUCGAUUUGUUUCUUCUUAAAUCACCCGUAAAUAGCAUAUUGGUUUGCAGAACCAUGCAGUCCAAACCAUCUCAGGUCAUACCACUGGCUAUCAAGUUUCAUUGGAGGUGCAUAUAGUAUUACACAAUUCCUAUUGUUUAUGCCAUACUGGCCCUCAAUUUGUAUCUUCCGGGAGAGAGUCUAGUUUUACUGGCCAAACCCAAUAGGCUUAGUUCUUAACUGGAUUGAUUUGACAGAAGAAUGCUUUACAUUAAGGGGUAGCUUAGUUGUUGGUUAAAGAGUGGUGUGUACAGGUCCUUGACAACCCAUGAUGUUCUCAACCCUUAAUGUAGACUUUUUAUCUUAUCAAUAGCACCAUUCCAACCUAUUGAUUGGUUAAAUAUUGUGGCUUUGCAGUUGGUUUUGGAAUAAACAUACCCCAAAAAGACAGUGAGUAGCAGUAACUGGUCUAUAGUAAGGCACUUGCUCAUAGAUGACAUGAGUGGUUUCUCUUUUUUGUACAAAUUCAACUAUAGGUUUGAAAUACUGUCCUUACCAGGACAUGGCACGUCAUUGUGGUAUUUUACUUCACUGGUAUCAUGUAAAGUGGUGCAGUUGCUGGAGCACAUAAAAAAUAGCCACCAUUUUGUCCUCCAGUCCUUGAUUCUUGCAACUAAGAUGGUGGCCACGAGGCAGAAGCAAUCCAGGGCAGACCUAAAGCAGGCAGACUGCUGAUGUUGUUCUGCUAUGUAGACUGAUUAACCUCAAGGGCUGCUCUGAAAUUGAGGUGGGUUUCCACAUUACACAUUGGUUCAUAACAACACAAGUGAGCAGAGCAACACAGGACAUCAGAGUCGUCGCCUGCACUGCCUGCUUUUGAGAGAACGGAGUCAUGGCCCUCCGCAGUAGCAGCGGUCGUCCUGCACGCAUAGCGAUCACACAGAAGCCUUGAUGCACGCGGCAGGAUGUGCGCAGAAGCUGUACUGCGCAGCCAUAGAACGUGUAGGGCGGGUACUUACAAGGUUCUCUUUCCUUUUCAUUGGUUCUAAUAGCAUAGAGUCAUAAAUGUUCCCGGGGUUCGGGCACAUUGUGUGAUUCGAUAAAGAGAAAAACAAGAAAAAAAGACAUUUCUGAAAAACGACAAAAUGAUCAAUAUGGUUGUUGUGUUAACGGAAAUGUCUUGCUAGGUAGUUACCUAAAGCAUCGUGGGACCGUGGACAACAACAGGAGUCUGGACGGCGGCACGCAAAACUGCAUUGCCUGCUUCAUGGGUAAAUGUAGCCUUACCCACAUCAACCUGGACCCCAUACACACAUGCUAAAGCUGUUGGAUUGGGUUUUGGAAAACAGUGUUCCCAGGUCACCUGUGGAGGUCGAGCAUGGCUCAAGGAUUUAACACUUGUUUUCGGAACCUUCCGCCAUUGUCAUCGGAUUCAAGGACUUUGAAUGUGCCUUUGGAUUCUGAAGAUAGUUUGGCGCACCACCUUGAAAGCCUCAUUGAACAUAAUGACCUUUCCAACACCGUGGUUUCACCGGAAAACAUUUCCUCAGACUUGAACUUGAGUUCAAACUUUUUCUCAAAUUCCAAUACUAGUUCUGAUUUUGUACAACAGAAAUACUAUGAUGACGUCGUUUGGCAAGAUGAGGGUCAACCAGUACAUCAUGAAGAUGACGAGAAGGAAAAUGAAUGUGCAUGGAAGAGCCCAAAGACCAACACAGGUUCCCCAGAAAGCAUGUCUACAACAGAGAGUGAGGUAGAGGAAGAUCAAGAUGAACCACCAGAGAAGGAAAAGGAGACAUUCAUGAUGCAAGAGAAUAAAUACUCAGAGACCUCCGGUGCUCCAGAAAGCCUAUCUGUUUCAGAGGACGAGGGAGAAAAGGAUCAUCUGGAUGGAGAAGCACAUGAGAAAGAUGAGACUUGCAUGGAGCAAGAUGAUCAACACACAGACACUCCCUCAGGUGGUGAAAAAAGUUUGACUGCCUCAGUGAAUGAGAGAAAAGAGGAACUGGAUGAUGAAGCACAGAAUGCGGAAGAGGGAUGCAUGGAGGAAGAGGAUCGGUACUCAAAUGUCAGUAACCUAGAGGGCCAAAAUGAAGGAACCAUCAUUAGUGAGAGCUUUAAAGAGGAAGAGCAUUCAUUAUCCCAAGGAACUGUGGACUCGCAGGGUAUCGAUGCAUCCAAUGCUCAAGAUUCUGCUCACAAGCUGAAUGAUAAUACCUGUGCCUUUGAAUAUCAGGAUUCAGUUAAGGAUAAUGACUCUUUAAAUGUUGCUGGUCAAGAAAAUGGCAAAAGUUCCUCUGUCAUUUGUGGAUUAGGCCUAGGGGUAGCAAUCAAACGUUUGAGUCUUGUUUGGAAUUCCCUGAAAAUCAAUCGCUGA